GUGUGGGGAGAGUCUUGCGACGUGCAGGACUUGCUGGGUGUCGCCCUGCAGAAAGCCUUGGAGGGAGCUGUGCCAGCCAUCGCAGCUGCAGAGACUGACUUCGAGGAGCGGCGGAGACGUCCUAAGGUACCCGUCGGCCUUGGCAACGCGGCUUUCCGAUGUCCACGGCCUCGGAGCGUCUACGCGAGGAAGGCCUUUGCCGAGGGAGAGAUCGUGGAAAUUGCUCCAAGUAUCCUCUUGAUGGAGAGUGAGUUGGGACGCCUGCUUGCGGACUACCGGUACUCUGCCGAGCGUCUGCAUGCAGGCCUGUUCCGAGUAGUCUUGGGGUGCGGGAGCAUUUACAACCAUGCGUCAGCUCCAAACUUGGCUUACCGCCGCGUUCGAGUGGGAAGCUGUGCGCCCUCACAAAGCUUGAGCAUCUGCUAUGUUGCCAAACGCGACAUCUCUGCCGGAGAAGAGUUGUUGAUCUCCUACGGCAAGACGUGGUGGUCCUCUCGAGGAGUCUUUGAUGCCAACCAGAAGGCACAGCUGCUACUGCCGCCACCUUCAUCAGCGCGCACCGCGGAGGACCAGUCCCUGCAAACUGUAGACUCUGUAGACUAUGGAGGCUUCAGCCUCAGCCGGGACUCCCAGAGCCCUGCCUCGCCCCAGGGGCGGUUCCGGACCAGCAACGCGAGGCCGAGGGAUGCCAAAAGGGCUGCGGGCUCCAUCACAGCGAGACUUUGCAGGCUGCGCCGCUAA